UAGUACGAUUACGGUUUUAUUACAAAUAGCAUUUCAAAUUGUUUUGGUAACAAAAGGCGGUGAUUUUCUGCAAGCAUGUGAAUUUCUCGAAAAAUUAUUCCGUCACAUUGGCAUGAUCAGCUUGCAUGAUCUAACAUUGGUAUCGAUUCUAUUAUGGUUGUUGCCAGAUAUUUUGAUGCUUGUUUCGAGCAUCAUAUUUUUCAUUGUGUUGAAAAAACUGACCGCACCUGUUGUCAAUGAAGAUGUUGGAGAGAGCGGAACAAGCAGCGCAAAUACAUCGCCCGAACCGGUGACAGAAGAAGAAGGCAGCUACUCCCCAGAACAAUAUGUUCUCUUGAAACGAACAGCAAUUUUUUGUGCAAUGGCAAUGCUUCUGUUUGCCGCAACCUUACAGCCAUCUGUACCAAGUGCGGUGUACUUCCUUGUUUUCUUAUCGGCAGUAACUAUUUGGGCUUAUUACGGUGAAAUUGGUCGGGGAUUUGCAAUAAUUUGUCGAAUACUUGGUGCACUUUUGAUUGUACAUGUAUGCGCUCUGUUGGUGUAUCAAACGCCCUGGCCACAACAGUAUCUCGAUGUUAACAAUACGGUGAUACGUCUCCUUGGCUUUAGUCCACUGAUAGUGUCGUCAUGUAAUUCAACAACUGGUGACAUUCGGGUGAUUUACUUAAACCAAAUGCUCGAUUUGGAUGCGUUUUUGAAUCCAGUUGCAUUACUGCUGUGUUACUAUGCGCUCAUCAUAUCGUCUGGAUUCAUUUUGGACGCUAAGGAUUUAUUCGAUAGCAGCGAUGAGCCAAAUGAACGAACGCCUUUGAUGCGUCGCAGUAUGAAGCGAUUGAAAACAUUUAAGCAAAUUCGACCGACUGAAGGACCAUCCUUAAGUGAUCCGAACGCAAUUCCACUUGAAUCUAUUGGCGAAACGAACAAUAAAGACGAUGGUAUUGUAUCCGCAGAAGAAGAAACACAGGCCACGAUUGGUGAACACAUCACGUUCGCAAUCGGACACUUGUCAACGGUGAUUUGUAAGCAUAGCUAUGUCAUCUCGAAUAUUAUGAUGAUGGUAUGGAGUAUCGUUUACCACAGUUGGUUAACAUUUGUUUUCCUCUUGGUUGCGAAUUUGUUGUGGAUCAUACCAAAUCAACGUAAAAAUAUGCAUCGAAUUAGUAAAUUUGUGGUGGGCUAUGCAAUAUUCUUGCUGAUUUCGCAGUAUUUGUAUUGCAUGAAUCUGACCGAUGACGAGCUACCAACAAAAGUCGAUAUAAAAGGCAUUAAUUUGGAGCAAAUCGGUUUCAUUCGAUACAGAACAUAUCCGUGUGUACCGCUCCUGCUGAAAACAUUAUUUACAAUAACAUUUUGGCUAACAUACCGUCAAAUGAAGUACGAAGACACAUUACAACGUCGAUCAUCGACAUUGGCCCAUUUGGCGGCACCAUUCCAGGUCACAGUAUCCGCAGCUACCACCGAUCUUGGGCCAAAACCAGAAUCGAAAAAAUCCAAAAUCAUGAUGAAAGCGGGCAACAUUUUCAAAACGGUUUUGAUGCAAGUUUGGAUUUGGAUCGUCGUAUUUGCACUAUUCUUUUUCGCCAUUUAUGGCAAAGAUAUGACCGUAUUUCGCAUUGUCUAUAUGGCACUGUUUUUGAUUUUCAUGGUGACAUUCCAGUUAUCAUGGCGAAUUUGGAAGAAAAUGAUGUACGUAUUUUGGAUAUUCGUCAUCGGUUUCUCAAUGCUGUCCCUGACCAUGAUUUAUACAUAUCAAUUCGAUCGAUUUGAUGAAUUCUGGGAGAAAUAUAUAGGCAUUGAUAAAGAUUUGCAAAGAGACAUCGGUUUGGUAAAAUACGAAACGAAAAUUCUUUUCUUACGUUUAUUUUAUCCGACACUGUUGGUUGUCAUCACAGUCGUGCAAUUGCAAAUGUUCCACAAAAAAUACUUGGCGCAAUUAGAUUUGCCGUCAUUAACAACUCGUAGAGAGAGUAGUGUUUCAGGUAUUCAACCGUCGUCAAGUGUAAACUAUGGCAGUUUGGAGGCAGAAUCACCUUCGGAGGAGCAUCAAAAGACAAAGAGUCACUACGCUCGAAUUAAUGUAUCUGAUUUGAAGAAUCUCAACACAAAACAGGCAAUCAAAAAAGCUGUAUUGUUUUACAACCGAACAAAGUGGUUCUUUGACAUAUUUUGGCUGUUUAUGGAAUUACAUUUCAUCAAAGUUAUUCUUCUCUUGGCAUUUUAUCUUGGCAUCAAUGAGGUCUCAACGGUGCAUAUCGCCAUAAUUGUACUAACAGUUAUUGCCGUCACAUCGCGAACGAAUACACAAACCAUUUACAGUGGAUUCAUCUCCUUAACCGUUGCGAUAUUAUUCAUUUUGAAAAUGAUUUAUCAAAUCGAAUACAUUCCUCAAAGUUUCUACGAUGUCAAUUGCCCGGAUGACCAAAACUUAACCGACAGCAAUAUGUAUACAAACGACUCAACAACCACAACAGCAUUUGCAACAGCAACAUCAGAAACAUCAACACCAAUAAUGGCACCAACUACUACGGCUACUACAGCUGCAGGCAAUACCACUUUUGUCGUCAACAAUCCAAAUAAUAAUACCGCAAAUUGGGUUGGGUUUAAUAAGUUGGUGCAUGGACAAACCUUAAUGCAACUUCUAAGCGGUUAUAUUGUUUACAUUGUUGCAUUGACCAUUUACAAUUUGAUUUUACUCCACCAACAACGAAAACGAUUCUUGAGCGGAAAAUCAAUUGCCAGACCAAAGGUGCUAUUUCCACGAAUUACACGCAAUGAUGCCGACAAAGAUAUUUCACAUUUGAUUAAAUAUCUUUUCAACUUUGCCUUCUACAAAUUUGGUGUGGAAGUAACACUUUUGAUGUUAGCAAUUUUGAUUGGUGCUCGAAUGGAUAUCGUUGCUGUUUUAUAUGCCGUUUGGCUAUGCAUUCUAUUCGGCGUAUCAAGAGAAACAAAACAUCGCAUUUGGCCAAUAUUCCAAUCGUUUAUUGUCAUUCUGAUCGUGGUUCAAUACAUAACAGCCGUGAAUUUGCCGCCGUUCAUUUGUUUCAAUUACCCAUGGAAAACGAAUACAUUGAAACGUUUGCAAGAAAUAAUGUGGCUACCAGAUCCUGCACUUCGUACCGAUGCCCAUAGGCUUGUACUCGAUUUCUUACUGCUCAUAUGCACUUGUCGUCAAAUGCUUGUGUUCCGCAUUGAAAAACAGUAUGAAAAUAGUGAAUUUCCAGGUGGAAGCAAUAAAUCAGUGGUUGAAAAAAUCAAUAAAUUGGGCUCUGGUGAGGUUCCAAUCGAAAUGGAUGAUUUCGUAUCAAUUCAAAAGAAUUGGUUGGACAUUCUGAAAUGCAUCGUAUUUUUGGGAUGGUUCUGGAUUACAUUGGCCAUUGUAUUUUUGGCUGGUUCAAGUCAUCCAAAUAUUUACUCAAUUGGCUAUUUGAUUGGAUCGUUCAUUUUCUUGUGGCAAGGCGGAGAAUUUUAUCUUCGUCCCAUUCACACGAUUCUACGUUGGUGGAAAUUUUUAGUUGCAUACAAUGUCCUAGUAAUAAUCGUGAAAGCUAUGUUGCAUCUGCCAGUCUGCAUUUUUAUCGAUGAGUUGGAGUUAUGGAGCAAAAACACAUGCCUUUUCGAGAAAGCAUUUGGAAUUAAUUGUCCGCAAGGACUGCCCAGAGAUAAACUACCACCGACACAAAUAUGUGAUAAUCCAGACGAUUCCAGUUUAGCAUGGGACAUUGUCUGCUUUUUGUUCUUGAUUUUCCAACUGAGAAUUUUCCAAAGCUAUUAUUUCUGCCACAUUAUCAACGAAAGCAAAGCCAGCACCAUUUUGGCAUCCAGAGGUGCUGAAUUGAUCGAAAGUCUACGGAAGAAGCAAGUCAAGAUCCAAGCGCAACGUGAAGAGGAGAUUUUACAGAAGAUCAAAGUGAAGAUGGAUCGUAUCAAGGCAAAUCAACAGAAAAUGCAACCGGCUCUAACGUCUCCAAAAACGCACUAUCAAGAGGGCGCUUUAGCGCCUUUAGCUCGUACGAUAAGUAUGUCGUCAUGUGCUGGAUAUCAUACCCCGAUUGAAGAUGAAGUAGCUGCAGACGGUAUAUGUGAUUUGCCAUCGGACCUGAUGCCGACAUCACGUGGUGGUUCGAUGCUAAACACACAAGUAGAUGAAACAAUCACGCCAAACAAAAAGUCGCCACCACCAUUCAUACCCUUCAAUGAUUUUAGCUCUCCUCCCGUCUCUGAAUUGAUGCAACAAAAUUCCGACGAUUCAUAUCCCGUAUUCUCACCAUUGCAUCAAUCCCGCAAACAAAGCCUACAAUCGAAUAUAUUGCCAGUUGGUGUGCCGAUGAACGUUCCCACCACAACAUCAAGUACACAAAAUACAUUACAACCGGGCACAUUUGUCCGGCAACAUCGAAGACAAUCUAGUGUUAAUACAGUUUCAUGGACAGAUCAGGGUGAUGCAACGAUUGGAAAAUUGCGUCGCCUCUCCACCACAUUAAAUCCAUCCAAUGAAACUGACGAGGAAGAAGUUAUGCUAAGACGAAAACAUCGCAGACAAUCAUCGGUGGGUCUAUCGAUUCGAAGCGAAGGACGAGAACGUCGUCGAUCCAGCUAUACAUCCACAUCAUGGAUUCGAGAUGCUGACGAUGAGGCAGAUGAAUCAACACGAACUGGCCGAAGUCGGCCAUGUAGCUGGGGACCAAUCGGUGAAAUUUUCUAUCGAGAUUCAUUGUCAUUCUGUGAUUCGGAACGUUCGAAGUGUUCGCCUUUGUCGCAUCACGAAUCUGUACGCAGUGGUGACUAUUACUUGUUCGAGGAUUUGGAUGAAAAAGUUGAAUUGGAUUUGUUGCACGAGCGUCCAUCGGCUGGCAUCGAUGAUGCAAUUACUGAUCGAAAGUUGAGUGAUAAAUUGACCAUUGAGCAGGUUAUAACAAAAUCCUUCCAAACACCACCAAAUCGCCACAAACGACAAUCAGACACAUCUGGUGAUGAAGAAACGGAUCAUCAUGCGACAUCAUUACCAACGCAACCAUCGGAAAAAGUAGUCGCCGAAGUGAAAUCGACGAUUUCCGAACCGAUUAAACUGGCUGACACAAAAUCCGCUGGUUCUGAAUUUGCCAGUGCUACUGUUAAAGAUGAAUUUACUCAACCGGAUGGCGAACAACCAAGUACCAGUCGAAGUUUGGACGACGAACCUGAUGAUUUAUCGGAGCCAUUAUCGUCAACCGGAUCUGAAAGACCAGCAGUUUCAUCGGCAUUCACUUUUAUUAAGGCAUUCAUAUCGGGCAUUUUGGUAUCAAUGACAUUACGUUUGUACAAAUUAUCGAGAAAUUAUCGAUAUGUAACACGUGUACUGUCAAAGGAGAAGAAGGCAUUGAAACUGGAGAAGGAUUUCGGUCAAGGUCAUCGAAUUGGAGCCGGUCGUGUUUGGGCGCCACUGCCAUCCGUUCUUCGUACACAGGGUCAAUCAACGCCAAGCAAGACAAACCUGCAAUCGAGCCAAAGUACGCUCUCUUAUCACUCUACACAACAAAGUGGAAACGAUAGUGAAGAAUACCUGAGCGAUAAUGGUAACGAAGAGCAAACACCACAGAAAGGAACAACUAUUGCACACUUGCUGAAGCCACAGCUAUUCCCAACCAAAGAACAAUUACAGCCAGCCGACGAUGUAAUUCUUAAAGAUUUCUCGGAGGGAGAUGAUGAUUUCUACUCGCAACGACACUCAAUUCUGACCGAAUUCUUCCAAUCGCUAUGGUUUGCGCUCAUUUCAAAUACCGAUUUAGUUUGUUAUCUGCUCGUAUUCAUCAACAUGGUGCAUUCACAAAGUAUUUUGGCAUUGCCCAUGCCAUUGAUGGUAUUCUUGUGGGGCACAUUGACCGUGCCACGACCAUCAAAAACAUUUUGGAUUUCCUUGAUUGCGUAUACACAAGUGGUCGUUUUGAUAAAAUGCAUCGCGCCGUUGUUCUUAUGGUUCGAUAAGUUAUCAAUUGCAAUUCCAGAAAACAAUCCAAUGGCACCACCGAGAAUCAUUGGCGUGGAAGUUAAACCAAAUUAUGCGACAUAUGAUUUGAUUCUACUGCUUGUUGUAUUUUUCCAUCGAUUCGUUCAAAAGCAAAUGGGUAUUUGGAAGAGCGGCUUUUCAGACGAAGAUUAUGCUGUUCAACCAAUCGAUCCAAGUACCAUACAAGCAACCGUAGUUGAUGAACGAGUUGAUGCUUCUAAUCAAAAUGUUGCUGUUGUGCCAAAACCAGAAGUCGACGAAAAUGGAGAACGUGACAAAUUGGUUCAGUUUGAGAAAACACCGGAAGAAUCAAGUUAUGGACAGAAUUACUUUUCAAAUGUAUCGGCCAUCUCCAAAACAAAAUACUGUUCACCAUUCACAAACUUCUUCCGCCGACUUUUGAAAAUGACGAAUCGAGUCUCGGCAGAUGUCUACACGUACAUUUUCCUCUGUGACUUCAUCAAUUUCUUUGUGUUACUGUUUGGUUUCACAGCGUUCGGUUCAAGUCAAGGAGACGGUGGUGUUACAUCAUACUUGCAAGAGAAUAAAAUACCAAUUGCAUUCUUAAUCAUGUUAUUGCUACAAUUUGUAUUCAUAAUCGUCGAUCGAGCUUUGUACUUGCGUAAAAAUCUACUCGGAAAGAUAAUUUUCCAAUACAUAUCCGUCAUUUUAAUGCACAUUUGGCUAUUCUUCCUCGUGCCAAUAUUGAGCGAAAGAAGUUUUAAUACGAAACUUCCGCCAAUCAUGUACUAUGGAUUCAAAUAUAUGUACUUCUUGUUGUCAGCAUAUCAAAUUCGAUGCGGCUAUCCACGUCGUAUUCUGGGAAACUGCCUAACCAAAGGAUUUACAAUGUUCAAUUUGUUUGCGUUCAAAAUAUACAUGAUGACACCGUUCUUAUUCGAAUUGCGUACGCUUAUGGAUUGGAUAUGGACCGAAUCAACGAUGCCAUUAUUCGAAUGGCUAAAAAUGGAAGAUAUCUUUGCCAAUAUAUUUGAGUUGAAAUGUUCUCGACAAAUGGAAAAAGAUUUUCCAGCGCCACGAGGACAAUCAAAAGGAUCGUUUGUAAAGUAUCUUAUGGGUGGUGGAUUUUUGAUUGCAAUAAUCGGUCUAGUAUGGGGCCCAUUGGCAUUGUUUGCAUUAGGUAAUACGGUGGGUGAAGCAAAUAGUCCAACUGAGGUGCGAGUUGAACUUCGUAUCGGACCGUACGAACCAGUUUACAGUAUGAGUGCACAAUCCAGUCAAAUUCAUCCAUUCGACGAACAAAGUUACGAGGCAUUUAAGAACGUGUAUUACGAACAAAAAGAUCGUUCAGCAUUAACAUUUCUUUCAAAUUACGAUGCAAACGAUCUAUCCGCCAUUGUUCUUGGUCCAAACUCAACGAGCCUUUGGAUCAUUUCACCGCCGGAUUUGCAACGGCUUAAAGAUGACCUAAUGAACAAUGUUACAUUAAAAGUUCAGUAUAAAUAUUUUGUGUCGAGAAAGACAAACAACGAUAAACUUGCGGAUACGAUAUCACGUGAACGAUCAUUUGAUUUGAAGUCGGAUACACCAGCUCGAAAAGAUCUACUGAACAUGCUUAACAAAAUUUCAAAUCAAAAACGAACACAGUUACCAUUUUUGUUCCCAAAAUUUUUAAAGGUAAAGAAUCCAGAUGCUUUGAAACCAGCCACACAACUAAUUUCAAGUCUAAGCGAUGAAGAUCAUUAUUACCGCAAUCUAACGCUAUUUCUGCAUCAAAAUCCCGAUACGAAAAAUAACGAAUCAGACGAAAAGUAUUGGGAAGUACUUGAAGAAUGUGACGAUAAAGACUAUGAGAACAAAUUUUCAAAAUUACCAUAUGCAGAAUGCAAAAAGAGUUCAGUAAUGUACACGUUCAGCGAUAAACUGUUCCCAACUUCAUUGAGCUGGCUCACAGCAGGAGGUGUCAUUGGUAUAUACACAACAUUUGUAUUUGUGGCAUCUCGAUUCUUCCGUGGCCUUUUCUCUGGAUCGAGCUUCAACAUUAUGUACUCUGAAUUGCCAUUCGUUGAUCGAAUACUUCAAUUAUGUUUGGACAUUUACUUAGUGCGUGAAUCGCUUGAAUUUUCACUGGAGGAAGACUUAUUUGCCAAACUGAUAUUCCUGUAUCGGUCGCCUGAAGUUAUGAUACGUUGGACUCGGCCGGCUGAAGAGCAAUCAACUGACGAUGACGAAGACGAAAGUGACAUUGACGAAACGCAAGCAGAGAAAGUACUCCGAAAAGCGCCAUCACGUUCAUUGUAUAAAUAAAAUGUAAAACUCCAAAAAAAAUCGAUAGCUCUCAAAUCAAUUAAUUCAUUAUGAAUUCAAGUCAAAUGUAUUUUCAUCUUCAUAUCAUUUGGAUUUAUCAUUAGAUUAACUACUUGUUCUACAUUACAUUUAGAACAGUUUUUGAUAUUAUUUAAAUAUAUUUUACGUAGAAUUAAAAUUAAACAAUAAUCAUUAUUAUUUCCUACAUUGUGUGAAAAGUCUAGUAAUUUAAAAAUGGAAUAAUACGAGUAUAUGUUUUCAUAAGCAAUCAAAUUAAGUAUACACUUUUGAAAUUAGAAUGAAUGGUUAAAGUAAAUGAAACAUCGUCAUGUUAUCAAUGAUAUCACGUCAUUUUUUCGAGUUUUCAAUACAGAACAACGUCACGAUCAAAGAAUGCGAUUCCAUAGAGUCAAUCCAGGCGAAUGGACUUUGUUCGUACGUUGCUAAAAUUAUUCGAAUAGAAGAGAUUUAUUUUUACGACAAACUAAAAGCAAAGAGAACUAUUGUAAUUGAAAUUUAAUAAAAACUGAACUGUGCACUAA